AUGUCUCAAAGAGGAAUCAAGUCCACCAUAAUUGACCUCGUAAGAGGUGACAGGCUGAACGGAGACAAUUACAGCAUGUGGCAUCAUAAGAUAUCAUAUACCCUCGAAGAAUAUGAAGUCGCUGAUGUGUUAACAACUUUUCUUUCAAAGCCCGAGACGAAUGCAUCACGAAGGGACCAAGACGGCUAUACGACUUGGAAAAGAAGGGACACCAUCACCAUAAUUACUAUGCUAAGUGCCAUGACUGACGAUGUGUUGGUGCAGUCAGAAACACACCCUUCUGCCUCUGCCAUGUGGGCGGUAUUGAAAUCUGAAUUUGACAGUAUCUCUGCUGCAAGGCUUAGGAGACUCACUAUCAAACUUGACAAUUUCAAGCGAGGUCCUAACACUCCUAUAAGGCAUCACCUAAGGGCAAUACAGAACUUAAUUAGGGAGCUUAAGGAAGCCGAAGGUGCCUUAUCUGAUGAGUAG